CUCUGGUUUAGAAACCAAAGAUGAGAUUAUAAAUAUAUUAUGCUUGGACCUGACGUACUAAACUCAGCAGCCAAUAAUAUUUGUACUGGAAACUGCAACUCUGAGCAGACUGGGCAUUCUAAUUGCCGGAGGAGGCAAACUAAAGGUUUUAACAAGCAACAGCCAUCCCAUAAACAACGGCUAUUUCCAAGCAGUUUUAGGAACCAUGGGAAUGGGCGAAAUCUUCAUGGCAUCAUAUCUGAAAGCCCACCAAGCAAUUCAAUUGGCUAUUUCUUUGGGCCCACACCACCAGAAAAUCAUUGCCUUUUGCCUUUGAAGUUGAGUGCUUCUCCUCAUAACAUCCUUUCCGGGAGUAACCCGCCAGUGGGUUCUAUGCCAAAACCUUUCCCACCGUUUCAACAUCCAAGUCAUCAGCUUUUGGAAGAAAAUGGUUAUCGGCAGCAAAAGUAUGUGAAGUACCACAAUCGCUGUCUAAGUCACCAGAAGAAAAUGGGAAUUGGUUGCAGUGAGGAAAUGAACACGCUGUAUCGCUUUUGGUCAUAUUUCCUCAGAGAUAGGUUUUAUCUUUCCAUGUAUAAUGAGUUCUGGAAGCUAGUGCUACAAGACGCAGUCGCUAAGUAUAAUUAUGGACUAGAACGCCUUUUCAGGUUUUACAGCUAUGGCUUGGAGAAGCAAUUUAGAGAAGACUUGUACGAGGAUUUUGAACAGCUCGCCUUAGAAUUCUACCACAAGGGCAAUCUUUAUGGCCUCGAAAAAUACUGGUUACUCCUGUUGUGCUGUUGUCUUUAUUUCUGUUUUGUCUAUUAGUCUGGUGUUGAAGGAUGGAAUCUUCUUCUCUUUCCUAUGAUUUAUGUAGCUAGUUUUGUAACUUUUCCUUCAAAAAAAAAAAAAAGGAAAAGAAAAUGAGAAGCAAAAGAA